CUCCAAACCCGCUGCAGCCGGAGGUGGGGGAGCGGAGCGUGGAGGGGAGGGGAGCAGGGCUGGCGACUCUGGAGACAGCGGUGCCUUGGCCUCUCCCACCCACCAGCCUUGGAUCCCACUGGACACCGGAGGCACGUCCACCGCCCCCUAGAGUCACCCACGCCGACCCCUCCCCUCUUCCCUAGACGUCUUCCCAUCCUCUGGACUUCACCUUCCCCAUCCUUUCCUGGGCUCCCGACCUCCGUCCUCUCCCCGCUCCCUCUCCUCACUCCCGGACCUGCCCUUCUCGGCGCCCCUCUUCCCUAGGGAGAUGCGAUGAGCCUGUGUCCCAGCGCCCUCAUCGCCAUCCUGGGCACGGUGCCCAUCCAGUGCCCGCGGUGGGGAGGGAGCACUCCGCGGCCCCUCUGUGACUUCCCUGCCUCGACCGCCCCUCCAGCUGGAGUCCCUGAGCCAUGCCCCAGGGGACCCAGCCAGGGGGUGGGCUCUAGAGCGAGUGGGGUGGAGAGGAGGAAGGACGGGGCCCCGGGCUCCUCGGAGAUGCUCCCAAGCGCCAGGGGGGGCCGAGCGAGGCGCAGGCAACCGGGCGGCAGGCAGGAUGCCCUCGCCUAGUGACUCCAGCCGCUCGCUUACCAGUCGGCCUAGUACCCGGGGCCUUACCCACCUCCGCCUCCACCGACCCUGGCUGCAGGCCCUGCUCACGCUGGGGCUGGCCCAGGUGCUGCUGGGCAUCCUGGUGGUCACCUUCAGCAUGGUGGCCUCCUCUGUCACCACCACCGAGAGCAUCAAGAGGUCCUGCCCGUCUUGGGCUGGAUUCUCGCUGGCGUUCUCCGGGGUAGUUGGCAUUGUGUCCUGGAAGCGGCCAUUCACUUUAGUGAUCUCCUUCUUCUCCUUGCUGUCGGUGCUGUGUGUCAUGCUCAGCAUGGCGGGCUCUGUUCUCUCCUGCAAGAACGCUCAGCUGGCCAGAGACUUCCACCACUGCUCCACGGAAGGGAAGGUCUGUGUGUGCUGCCCCUCCGGUCCCCUCCUCCGGCCCUGUCCAGAGUCAGGGCAGGAACUAAAAGUUGCCCCUAACUCCACCUGUGAUGAAGCCCGAGGGGCCCUCAAGAACCUGCUCUUCAGCGUCUGCGGACUUACCGUUUGUGCCACCAUAAUCUGUACCGGCUCAGCUAUUGUCUGCUGGAUCCAAAUAUUCUCCCUUGACCUCAUGGACACGCUGGCCCCUGAGCGCUCCGUCUCAGGUCCCCUGGGGCCUCUGGGCUGUACCUCCUCGCCCCCCGCCCCUCUCCUGCACACCAUGUUGGACUUGGAGGAAUUUGUACCACCUGUGCCCCCACCUCCCUACUACCCCCCAGAGUACACCUGCAGCUCAGAAACAGAUGCACAGAGCAUCACCUAUAACGGCUCCAUGGACAGCCCAGUGCCCUUGUACCCUACUGAUUGCCCCCCUUCUUAUGAGGCUGUUAUGGGGCUACGAGGAGACAGCCAGGCCACUCUGUUUGAUCCUCAGCUUCACGAUGGCUCCUGCAUCUGCGAGCGGGUGGCCUCCAUUGUGGAUGUGUCCAUGGACAGCGGGUCGCUGGUGCUGUCGGCCAUCGGCGACCUCCCGGGCGGCUCCAGCCCGUCCGAGGACUCGUGCCUGCUGGAGCUGCAGGGCUCCGUCCGCUCCGUGGACUACGUGCUCUUCCGCUCCAUACAGCGCAGCCGCGCCGGCUACUGCCUCAGCCUGGACUGCGGCCUGCGCGGCCCCUUCGAGGACAGCCCGCUGCCCCGGCGGCCCCCUCGGGCCGCGCGCUCCUACUCCUGCUCCGCCCCGGAGGCCCCACCACUGCCAAAGAAUUGCCCGGGGGAGGAUGUCGCUGUGAGCCAUACAGCCUUGGCCCCCGCCUUGGCUGGGCAGGUGUGUCCAUUGAGCAAGGCCCUGUCUGGCUCUCCCUCCACAGCUGACUUCAGGGACCUUUAUACCAAAGUGUUUGAGGAAGAAGCUGCUUCUGUUUCCUCUGCAGAUACAGGGCUCUGCUCUGAAGCCUGCCUCUUCCAUCUAGCCCGCUGCCCUUCCCCCAAGUUGCUACGUGCUCAUUCAGCCGGGAAACGGCGCCCUGUUCCCACCUACCAGAAGGUCCCCUUGCCCUCGGGCCCUACACCUGCCCACUCCCUGGGGGACCUGAAGGGCAGGUGGCUGGGCUGGGCCCUGGUCACUUGUUUCCUCCAGAUGUCCAGGAAGACCCCGGACCCCAGUGGGAAUGGAGCCCAUGGGCAUAAGCAGGUGCCCCAGAGCCGGUGGGGACGGCCAGGCCGAGAGAGUCUCCAUCUUAGAAGCUGCGGGGAUCUGAGUUCCGUCUCCUCCCUGCGGCGCCUCCUGUCUGGCCGCAGGCUGGAGCGGGGUACUCGCCCCCACAGCCUCAGCCUCAAUGGGGGCACCCGGGAGACAGGGCUCUGAUGUGGGCUUCUUGCUGCAUUGAACAGAUCCAGGUGAAUGCUGGGGCUACAGGCCCCAGCUGGUUGGGACCAGCAGCCUCCAGCCUUCCCUUGCACUGGCUGACACAGAAAGAAACUCGCUGUAUACCCACUGUUAUUCCUUUCUCUCCUACCUCGGGCCCCUGCUGCUUGCCUCUGCUCCUCUGGCCUGGGAGAGCUUCUGUCCUGUACUGCAUGGGUGUUCAGGCUGUGGGGGAGAUACCCCGCUUACAGCACCGGAGGAAGAAAAUAAUCAAGGCCUGCCCCACCCCCCACCCCCCAGCAUGAGAGUAACUCUCUCUGAUUGGUCAGGGGCCCUAUGGCCAGGGCAAGGCCUGCCCAGGGUGUUGAAGCCUAAGGGGCUGUGUGCCUAUACAACUGGGUGGUGAAGCAUGAAGAGUCAUAAAAACCUGGGUGGCCUCCCAGCUCUGCCACCUCUAGCUGCAUGACCUUGGACAAGUUAUUUAACCUCAGUGUCCUGACCUGUAAAGCACUGCGAGGGCAAAUGUUUGUAAAACCCUUAACACACUGUAAGCCUUCAAUAAAUUUCAAUUUGCCCCUUC